AUGAUUCGACUGGAUUCAUUAAUUUGUCAUGGCUGUCGAGAUGAAUCCAAUGUAACAUUAUUUGAUAAUGAGAAUUGUCGUCCGAUUCGUGGCACAUGUGGCCAUUCGAUAUGCGAAGUGUGUGUAGAAGCUGAUCCUAAAGUGAAAUGUCCGACUUGCUAUAAACGAGAAGCAUUUUUGAAUCAACCCGUCAACUAUGCUGCAUUGGAUAUACCGAAAGAAUACGAGAAGCACAUCUUCGAAAAAGUUAAGGAGUGGUGGCAAGGAUAUUUGGAUACAACAACAACUGAAGACCAAAUUUAUGAGUAUGGUCACUCAGAUCUUGGUAGAGAGGUUCGAUAUCCUGGUUAUUGUGCAGAUUGCUUUCAAAAGGACAACUUGAAAUUGUGUUUGACUUGCAAAGACACGAAACCGUACAAAGGAAUGCAUAUUCUCAGUUAUGCAGUUUGUGAUAGUUGUGCAGUUGCUGAAUAUGGUGAUAAAAAGCUGGAGAGAUAUCGAGAUCACAUGGAACCGACAAGUGAGAAAAGUGAAUGUCACUUGUGCCACAAGAAGACAACGGACCUGAAGUUUGAUGGUAGCUUACUUGAACGUAGAUCGGAUUAUCCAUUCGAAAAAUAUUGUUUCUGCGCCAACUGCGCUUUGGAUAACCAUGAGGGGCACCAAGUGGUUAUGACAAUUCAUCUUCAUCUAAGCAAAGAAUGGCGUUCGGUUCGAGAUACAGCUGCAGAAAUAAUGAGGAAACUGUUGAAAAAGAAACUUUAUGUGGAUGAAGAACAGGUCAAAUGCAGACUUCGAUACAAAAGAAUGAUGCUGACUAUGGAUGAACUUAUCAAGUUAUUGAAAAACCCGUACUAUCAAUAUCGGAAUCGAGAAGGAACAAUCGAAAAAACAUUAUCAAGCUUGGUCACUCAGUAUGAUCAAUUCCAGAAGUUGGAUUCAGUAUGCAAAUGCGUCGGCCUAUGGAAUGAUGUUGUCAGACUAAACAUUUUUGAUUUCAAAGAAAGAUCUCCCCACUUCCACUCAAUGGCCGAUAAGGCUCAUUUGGAGAAGAAAUUUGACGUUUGUCCGUAUCAGUUGCCAACAAGCGGACCGGAGAAACGGUCUCUUUUAAAACUAAUUGAGAAAGGGAAACCGUUGACUCAACCAUUCAAAAUGGAUAUAUUCAAAGAAGUUAGACGAGGCCGCUUUCGAAAUGUUUAUUGUUUUCCAGCGAAGAGAAAUGAGAAAUCGAAUAUAUAUUCAGAAGACAAAGAGUUUAGUCAACACCUCGCGGAAGGAAGAGAGCAAUCCGAGUCAUUUUUAAAGCACAUAAAAACCCUACCCAGUUCCGUCUACAAUGAUCCUGGGCAUCUGAUUUAUCCAGAUGCAGCUGAUAGUUGGCGAUUCGAGGAACACACGCCGUGGAACUUGAGAGGGACGGAAUAA